GUUGCAUUGUAGCCUAUAUUGUGCCAAUAGACAUAAGUAGUUAUUUGUGUUUGUAUGUUUUUACUUUUCACAGAUUCCUCAAAUAUAUACCCAAGAGAGAGGAUUUAAUCGCUAAUCUAAUUUUCAAAGCCGAGUUUAAUCUGGUCAGAGUCAUUCAUCAUUUGACUUUACUGCGAGUACAAAUGAUAAGAGUACUAGUUGGGCUUCUGAUGCAAUACCCUAGCGGAGGAAUCAAAUCUAUACGAAUAGGACGGCAGAGGUUUGCCUUGUUGCUUGGAUACGAACGCGGAGGGUGGCGCGUUCAGGAGUCCCUCUCUUGAAUGAAACUGGAUUUCUGAUCGCGGACAUUGUGGUUCUACUUAUUAAGUGUCAUCGAGGAAUGACCUUCCUCCUGCUUGAGCCGUAAUGUCGCCGGUUUCCUUGACGCUGUUGAAGAAGCACUGGAUCUGAAAACAGCGCCAUUUCUGUCGGCGUCCAUGAUACGCGAUGCUACCGCAGCGGAUUCCAGAGCUCGAGCUCGGAACGGCAGCGGGAGAGAAAUAGCCGCUCCCCUUUCGCUGCUCCUCUUUACUUCAGCCCACGGCAGGUUGUGCCGGUGAAGUAAGACAUAGCCCCAAAAUGGCCCCCUCCUACUGAGACGCAAACACGUCUUGUGUUUUGCUCAGCAGCUGAGAUCUAUCAGCAGCAUAAGCCAUGCCUGACGAGUAAAAUUCCCUUUUUGCUCAAAGCAAUAAAAAAAAAAAAAACCCUACAUGCCACCCCAUGUAGAGACCCUUCAGUGCGUCCUGCUGGAGUGACUGUCCCCUCUUCCCAAGGUUCUGCCUCGUCCUCUCUCAGUACCCUUCUCCACCGACCACCCUACAGUAACUUCCCAUCACAAUGCUGCUCCAUCUGAGAAUGGCCAACACCUGAGGUCCCAUGCGUCCAGUGAGCACCGAUUCAGACGGUCCUGCUCCUCCUGAAAACCUCUCUUGCCCCUUCCCCCUCGUGGGCCCCCUGCCUGCCUCAGAGAUGUCCCUGCUCCAGUCGCUGGGUCCAGUACAAAGCUGGCUUGGCCAGGAGCUUGAGAAGUGCGGGAUUGAUGCCAUGAUAUACACCCGCUACGUCCUCAGCCUUCUCCUGCAUGACAGUUACGACUAUGACUUGCAGGAUCAGGAAAAUGACAUCUUCUUGGGCUGGGAGAAGGGAACUGGGAAGAAAUGGGGCAAGAGUAAGAAGAAAGGAGGGACCGACCUGAGUCUUGAGGAAAUGAAGAAGCAAGCUGCUGUGCAAUGCCUCCGCUCUGCAUCUGAUGAAAACUCUGGAAUUGAGAGCCUGGUUGAAGAGCUUUGCUCGAAACUAAAGGACAUCCAAAACAAACAGAAAGAGGAAAAACAGAUUCAAAAGAAAUCUGAUGGCUCUCAGUCUCCAGAGCGAGCUGAGUCCCCCUCUUCAAAGGACCAGGUGGAAAUGUAUUAUGAAGCCUUUCCUCCUUUGUCAGAGAAACCUGUUUGUCUCCAAGAGAUCAUGACGGUGUGGAACAAGGCUAAGGCCUGUGCAUACUCAAGUUCAUCAUCCUCUGCAGCCCCACAGACCAGCACCGACACCUCUUCCCCAAAAGAUUGCAACAGUGAAGGUGAGGCUGCAAAGGAGCGAAACCUCGAAGCAUGUGGUACCAUCACUACUGUGACCAACGAGAGAGGCCAGCAACGACGGAGCAAGAAGGAGAAAGAAAAUCGAUACCAUGGUGGUGCAGCAGCAGAGGAGAAAUCUACCGUCCACUCAAAGAGACAGACUAGACACAGAUCGGAGGGCAAAUACAGACCCAGAUCCUGGUCUUCUGGCUCUAGUGAGGCGGGCUCAAGCUCAAGUGGGAACCAGGGUGACUUGAAAUCAUCCAGAAGCAAGGCAGUUAGAAUAAGGCACAAAUCCAGGGAGGCUGCAAAGAAUAAGAGAAUACGCAACAGCGGGCAGGUGAAGCUGCAGGUGAAGGUAAUCGACAAAGAGGAGCGAAGAAACACAGGAGGGAGCAGUAGCAGCACCACUGGAGGCGCUGCCAAACAACCACAGCUUUACAAAAAGGGGAAGAGACCUCUGAAGGAGAUUCGUAAAGAUCCAGGCUGGAAGGAGGCAAAAGAGUCCGGAGUUGAGGCCCGAAACAAAAAGGAAUACAUGGAGGAGCCACUUUGGUACACUGAGCCCAUCACAGAGUAUUUUGUACCAUUCAGCAGCAGACAAAGCAAGCUGGAAACAAAAUAUCGAAACAAGGUAGACUCUCCUGAUGGCUUUGCUUUGUCAGCCGACAUGGAGAGGCUGCCGGAGAGAAUCCAGGGAAUCUGCAUUGCCAAUGAGAGCUACCAGAGAGCAUACCUAGCAGCAGGCUCGUUUGUGGAUGGGCACUUUGUGGAAGGGCCUGGCGAAGCAGAAGAUGAAACUGUUGAACUCACUGGGACCUCAAGCUGCCCUCAGCCAGAGGAUAGUAGAGAUUUAGAUGACAAGCAUCUGUCUGAAUUCACUCACUUCUAUGAAGUUGAUAUUUAUCAAUCCAUAUUGGAUACUAGUGCCUCAGACUCUAUACAAGAGAGUCGGAUCUUAAGUAUGAUUCGACAAAAAAGCAAAGAGCAAAGAGACGUUGAGGCAGAAUGUUGUUUAGUGUUAGAUGGCCUUGAGCAGCAAGGGAAAAGUGCAAUACGGGCAGACUCACAGGAAGCUUCGGGAUCUGUUGGAUUCUUAAUGGAGGAUCUUGAAAACAUGGCUCAAGUGUGGGGAUGUUAUUCACCAUCUACUUCAGAAGAUAUAGAUGGAGAAAGCUUCGUAGGAGACUCUCCCAUCCGGCUCUCCCCCCUUCUUGAUAGUGUUUCGUUCACCCUGAGCAAACUAUCUGGAAACCUGGAGGAGCCGCCUGUCCCCGAAGCCACCAGUGAACCAUCUGGUUUGAACUCAUCCUGCUUCUCUCUUUUUGAGCUGCAGUAUGACAGCCCCACUUUUCCUUUUCCUCGCGACUCACUCUCUGUUGGUCAUGAAAACAACACAGAUUCUAGUAGCUGUCUCGACCCACAUUCUAAUAAACAGUCUCGUUUGCUAAUAUGGACCAAAAAUAGUGCCUUUGACGAAACUGAACACUGUUCUAACCUUUCAACACGAACUUGCAGUCCGUGGUCACAUUCAGAAGAGACUCGUUCAGACAACGAGCAAGGAAAUGUUCCGACAGAGGAUGCUGCUCAAAUUGGCAACGAAGAGAUUGAUUGUAUAAUCCCUCCUCUCUCUGGUACAUAUCUGGAGGAUGAAAUCUUGGAUUUUUUGCAAGAAGACUCUGGCCGUAAGUGUGAGGAGGUCAGCGUUAGUACAGCAUCCAACCAGACCUUCACCAAAAAAUCAAAAUUGGAGUCCAUUUGUGGUAUUGCAUUGGAAGAAGAUGAGAGUAAACAGUACAGCACUGGCAUGUUUUCGGACAACACAAACCAACACAGUGAUGAUUACAGCUCAGGGAUAAUAAAGGACAUUUGGACUGCAAUAGGAGAUGACAAAUCUGUAAUGUCAAAGCAAGGAGCAGAAAAAACAAGCGAGGGGCUAUUCUCUGAUGAGUCAGGCGGUUACUGCUGCAGCUGUCUGGAAGUACAGGCAAAAGGAGUUCCAAUUCAGGGACCCCAGAAAAAAGCAGUGCAGCGGUCAGAGUAUCACCUUUGGGAAGGCAAGAAAGAAGAACAGGACUUAGCCAAAAACAAACUCUCCAAGGUGGAUGGUGCAGGGGAUUACAUGACUCCGUCCAAGCCCUGGGACUUGAACUCUGACAAGGAGAGUACAUCGUUCAUCUUAGGAGGGGUGUAUGGAGAGUUGAAGACACUAAGUGGUGAUAAGAAUUGGGCUGUUGUGCCGCCAAGUGACUCCCAAGAUAGCCUGCUACAGUGCGCUGCUGCAGCUGCAUCUGCAUCUGCUUCCAGCUCAGAUAUGCUUACCAUCACUGGCACAGAUGUGUUCAUGAACACUGGCAGCUGCUUUGCCCCUGGACACAGGCCCCUGUGGAGGCCUCUUGUGUCCUUUGGGCAGAGUGACCAGGCCAUUAGAGGAGGUGGAGACGGAUUGAAUAAGGGAUUUUCUUUCAUCUUCCAUGAAGAUUUGCUCGGAUCUUACGGAGGCUUGCAUAGUGAGGAGCAAGGUUUAGAAUACCCGUUUGCAUCCUUCAACCUGAACAAUCCCUUCUCUCAAGUCCUCCAUGUUGAGUGUUCUUUUGAGCCUGAGGACAUGGCUUCGUUUAGUCCAGGGUUCAAGCCCAAAUCUAUUCUUUGCUCAGACUCUGAGAAUGAAGCCUUCCACCCACGAAUAUAUGGCAUCAACCGGACGCAGUACAGGGCCAUUCGCAUUUCCCCCAGGACUCAUUUCCGACCAAUAUCGGCCUCAGAGUUAUCUCCUGGUGGAGUGAGUGAUUCAGAGGCUGAGACUGACAAAGAGGAGAUGAGUUUUCCCGUCCUGGCACCGGUGGACGUCUUUGAUGAUCCUCAGGCAGAUCUCAAACCUCUGGAGGAGGAUGCAGAAUGUGAGGGCCCUUAUUACGGGAAGUCAGAACUGGAAUCUGGUAAAUUCUUACCCAGAUUAAAGAAGUCUGGCAUGGAGAAGAGUGCCCAGACCUCUCUGGAUUCACAGGAGGGCUCCAGUACCCUCCUGCCAAUUGCUGAGCAAGAGAUUUGCUUAGACUGCAAAACGGCAGCAGCUGCAUCAACUGCAGGUGGACAGACAGACGUCUCAGUCGGCAAGAUUCAAAAGGAGGAAUCUUCAGGAGAAAAGCAGUCCUGCUUAUCUGCACCAGCAGGUCAGAUCCCCAAGUAUGGGAUUGCUUAUGACUUUGUUGGAGAUGUGCCAGAGUUCCCUCUGUUGAACAUAAGUGGACAGGGAGGAACUGGCAACCAGCAAGAUGAGUGCUGGUGGCAGAACACACUCUGUUCCCCCCUUUUCCCUGGAUCUCAGUGUACAGGGAGCAGCAACAUUUGAAUACUCCAGUUUUGCAGAGGACACCUGUCCAUAGAGAGGAAACCUUCCUCUCCUUUUGUGACUGGACCUCUACCAGCAAAGAUUCAGGGUCAUCUCAGAGCUGGAAAACCUAAUGUAGGCUAAUUUUCUGACACACCCCUCCAAAACUCCCACACAUAACCCUGCUGGUUUUCAUUUACUAACUUAAAACCUUGUGUAAUCAACAAUCAGAUCAACAAAAAGUGAGAGAAAAAAAUAUGUUCUGUCUUUGAGUGAUGCAAUGUGCAGACAUGCAUUUUAGGCAUUUUAGAAUUUGUUUCAUUUGAUUCUUCUGUACACUGGUCCUCAUUCAAGUCUCACAGUUAGGUUGUAGGGACAAUCUUUUGUUCUAUCCUCGUCAGUUUUGUUCCCACCAUUUUUGCUUUUGAGCUAGGAUACUGGUAGUUGGUGGUAUCUGAAUGGUUGUGCAUGUACGUUCGUCCAGCCAGUCUCACUCCUCUUUUUCUAGUUGAACAUAAUGUUGUGUGAAAUGACUGCUAUCGCAUCCUCUACUUUCCAUCUUGUGUUCAGAAAGACAAUAUAAGGAUGUUGAGAUUUUUGAGUUGUGUAAGAAUUUGAGAGUUUAAUUUAAAUAGUUUGUUUGAACGACUUUCUGAAUGUGAAGUAGAGAAUGUGUGCAGCUUUCUUCUAAAUAUCCCUAAAUUCCCCAUGUGUGAAAAGUUAUAAAUGAGUCUGAUUUUUGAAUGGUGAUAGUCUUACAAAAGCUAGUAGUAGACAUAGUAUGGUUUGUGAGGCUAAAAUAUAAAAAAACCUUUAAAAAUUAAAAAAACAGGAAAUCAAAAAGGAGUUUUGUUGGAAAAAAUACUAAUAAUCUACUUGAAAUGCAAUGCUGUAAAAGAAUUGGGGAGAAAAAAAAGAAAAAAAAGUUUGUGUUUUGGGGUAAAGACCCAUCAUGAAAAGACAUGACUACAGCCAUUUCUGCAGACACCUGUGUUCAACUGAAUGAAACUUUGUUUUAAUUUUUUGUAAUUUCUAUGGUACAGACUAUUGGUGCUAUAAAUAUGUUCAAUUUGAAGUUGCAGUUCCAUAAUAUGGCUGUGAUAAGUAGACGGCAUAGCCUAGUUUUGUUUGUAGUCCAGACAGUCAGACUCCAUGAAUAUCUUUUUGCGAAAAUUUGUGAAAAGAAGAAAAGAAAAAAAAAGUUUAGCCUGAUGGCGUUUCUUGCUUAAUGUGGCUUGGUUUUUAUUUUAAGGUAACCUCUUAGUUGUCAGGCCUGUAACAGCUGAAGCAGAAAUACUUGCAGGUAUUAAAUCUCAUGUUGCUACACAUCUAUUCAGUUGCUUGUCCCCAAGCAGAACGGACAAAAUCAGCAUUGACUGAUGGUUCAUUGUCCACGCUGCAACUAAACAAACGUAUAUCAAAAUAAGUGGCGGGGGGCGGUGGUCAAACCAAAAACAUGACAUAAUUACACUAAGGUACAAAUGCUUUUUUUUUCCAUAUGAGGUGUGUUUUUAUUUUUUUUGGUUUACAAUAUAUCUUAUUGAAAUAUUGAGUAAUGUCUCACUGUGUGUGCGUGUGUGUGUUGGCAGCAGAACUUGUGAAGGCACUGGUUCAGAAUGAGUGUACUAGAACUUUAUCUCAGAGAAAUGUGAAUGUAUGCUAAGACAUACAUUCCCAAAAAAUGCAAAUGUAUUUGUGCGCCCUAAAUUUGAAACACACCCUAAACAAAUUAGCUAUCAAGUCCAUGAGGUGUGGUUGGACCGGCCCGUAUUGCGACCUGUCCUUUGAAAAUUAAGUCAAAGCAUAUGCAGAUAAAUGCAUUUUGCAUUUCGUAAUAUCUGCUGUUUUUAAUUUUGUUUUUAAAGGAGCAGUGUGUAAGAUUUAUGGGGAUUUAGUGGAAUCUAGCAGUGCAGAUUGCAACCAAUUAAAAUUUCCCCUGUUUAGGAUUCCUUAAAUGUUCUUUGUUCAGGAGGUUUCUACUUGGAGCCGAAUUACCCGCAGACGUCUCUUCCUCUCCAAAACAAACAGACCAGGUGAUUAAAACUGGUAAAAACACUGAAUAAAUGAGUUUCACACCACAAAUAGUGUUUCUCAGACACUUCGGCAUGUCAGAGACGGGCUGCUAGCUAGGCACCUGCUUAUCUGUGCUCAAGUUCUUCUUUGAUUACUUAAGAUCCAGACAUUCAGGAGGUUUUUACCGGAGGCAGAAUUAUCCAAGGAGGUCUCAUCGCUCCAGAACACACAGACACAGUGAUUUGAAUCCGUAAAAACAAUUCAUGAAGCAGCGCCACGUUAAAAAAAUGCAGCCAGUGUUUGGUUUGUCAGUUCCAGGCUACUCUAGAAACAUGGCGGUGCAACAUGGUGAACACAGUUCUUAUGUUCAGAUGAUUAUUCACGAAAGAAAAACAUACUUAAAUUACGUUUCUGCCACUAUGUCUCCCUAAAUCCUACACACUGGACCUUCAAUUUAAAAUUUUCCGAAAGGGUUAUGAGGACAGAAACAGGGUGACUUAUCUGUCACAUAGCGUAAAACUGAAGCACAGAUAACUAAAAACCAUCCCUCCAUUAAUGGGCAAUUAAAAUGUGUCAGCAGUGUGAGCAGACACUCUGUAAUGCACUGUCGCAGGUGAAGGUGUCUCUGUUACAGGCAUGGCUUCGGAAAUGGCUUCCUCAUUUUAAAAAUGCAAAGAUUGUAUAUACAGGCCCACGGUUUGUUCAAUCCAAUGCCACUUCAAUUGAAAAAAGAAAAGAAAAAAGGACCCCUAAGUAGCUGAAUGAAAGGUACUCCAACUUCAGGGUCUUGUCACCUUUCUUUGACAGUCAUCAGACACUCAGGAAUUUUUUAAUAUAAGCAUACUGCAUAAUCUACACUCAGACCUGUGACAGUGCAUUGAUGCAUUAAUGUAAAACCUUUCUUUGAUUGUAGAGCAGAAAUUAUUGACAGGAGUUCUUUCCAAGCAAACCACAGAAGUGACUGUCAUUAACUUAGAGCUAUAGUUUUAGGAGGGGAAAAAAAAAAAAAGAACUAAGCCAUUGUAGAUUGCAUAAGCAAUGUGGAGGGGAAUUCAAGAGCCCUGAGUCCUCUAUGCAAUACCUUGGCGCAUGUUAACAUUCAAGAAUAUAUGGAGAAAAGUCAUUCAGUUAAUUUUGCAUGUUGAUUACUUUUGAGUGAGGGACGCCUGGGAGAAAAAACCCAUGGGGUUUCGUUAAAAAUGCAGCAUGCAAACAUCACUCGUUUUAUGUUGGAUUCAACAAAAUAUUUUGGUUAAAAAAAAAUACAAGUGAGGUUAAAUCAGUGAUUGAAAGAAUGUUAUGACUGUGUGAAUCUGUGAGUGAAUGAGUGCAAGAAGCAAAGUCACAAAAAGCACUUACAUGGGAGUUGAAAGGAAUACAUCACACCUUUCUCCAUUGAAUUCUUCCAUUUUGGUAGGCCGUGUUAAAGAAAAAACAAACGUAUGAUGAGAAAAUGCAUUCAGUGAGGGUAUAUGCAUUUGGAACGACACUGACAGGGGUCGCUGAGUUUCGAUUGCACUGUGGUCUGAAGAACAUAUCCAGCACUGAAAACUUGAGUUUUCCUCGUCUUUUCAUUCCCACCUAGACGCUCCUUCACCCUCCCCCCUUCCUCUAUGUUCCUCGAUCCCAUCUGUCCCGAGUAGCUGUGUUGUUCUAAUUUCAUGUACUCCCUGAGUAAAUUAUUUUGUUUCAUUGUGGAUUUUCUUAACAUCUAAUAAAGGAAUAAACCAAACCUCA